CGCAACCAGAGCGAAUCGACAUAAGAAGCGUCCAGUAUGGGCCACGAGAAGGAAGAGGCAGACGAUGAAGAGCCAUGGAUCGUCGACAGUCAUACGCACAUCCUUCCUCCCCGGCUCGCCGAAAAGAUUCGCGCGUUCUUCAACGACUCGAUUCGCGUUUUGGACGAAGCUGACGACCCCGACGCAUCCCCAGCCGGCCCAUCGGGCGACCCAGAUGGGCGGCCGCAGCCAUGCUGCAUGAUACCCCUGCGCAAAGACUUGUUUGGGGCGACGUACGACUCCGUCGCUUCGUUUCCCUCGCACGGACGCUUCUCGCUGCCCUAUCCUGCCUCUGACGUGUCUGCGCUCGUACGCGCACAGCGCCGAGUGGGCAUUGCUUCGUGCUGGAUCUUGCCCUAUGCGCACAAGGCCGGCAUGUCGAGGCGGCUCAACGAGGACAUUGCCUCGAUGAUUGCUCCGGCGCUGGCGAGCGAAGGCCUCGCGGCACCCACGAUUGGCUUCACGGUCCACCCCUCUGACGGCGCCGACGAGGUCGAUGCCUCGACGAGGGCGGCGCUGCUCCGUGGCGCGCGCGUCGCCAAGCUGCACUGCUCCGUGGGCGACUACGGCGUGCUGCACGCCAACCUGGCGCCCUUUUGGACACUCUCCCACACCCUCCGUUUUCCCGUCGUCGUGCACUUUGGCACCCACCUGUCGGGCCACACGCUCUCGUCUGACCUCCUCGACUGCCUGGGCACCCUGGCGACGACGUACAGGCACGCGCCCAUCGUCGUCGCCCACAGCGGCGACCCGUCCGUGUCGAUUGCGCUGCGCCUGGCCGCCACGCACGAAAACAUCUAUCUCGACACGACGCCGACGGUGACGCGCCCUCCCGCGUAUCCGGCCCGAGGCACAGCGGCCCACGACGAGCUGUUGCGUCUGGCCAGGAACGGCAGGGUCCUCUUUGGGAGCGACCUCCCCAAUACGGCCGUGCUGCUGGAAGACCAAAUCGCCGGCAUCUAUGCGACCUUUGCCGAGCCAGGCUGGGCGCCGCCGCCGCAGCGAGGCGGCAGCGGCAGUGGCAAAGACUGGUGGAGGAAGAGGAGCUCCGCAGCGCGAGCAGGCAAGGCCGUCGAAGAAGUGCUCGGAGCAGCAGCAAGGCGGCUGGUCGCCGGCGUCGACGUCUCCGCGCUUCUAGGGGAAAGAGCUGAGCACGCAGCAAAGAUGUAGCAAACGAGCGCCCACAACAGGAUGCAAUGCGGUGCAAUUUUGGGACCAUGCCAUUUCAGAAGAGAAGCAAAAGAACGAGAGAGAGAACUUUUAGUACAACAGCAGAGAUGGGGAGGGGACUCCCUUACAGCAGGUCGUGGUCUGCAUCCGGCGGCUCCGUAUCCAGCUCCUUGGGGAGUCGGUAGAGUUGGUGCUGCUCAAUGUAGUGGAUGACAGAGUUCGGCAACAGAUAUUUGAUGCUCUGACCCCGU